AUGGCGAAUGUCUCGGUGGAGAGCGUGAAUGACGAGGCGUGCAUCCCGUCUUCGCCGCCGGAAUUGAGCUAUUCGAAGAGUUCCAAGAGCUCGUCGUCGAUUGGUUCGAGUGAGGAUUUGUCGGAUGCUGGGUUGACGUCCAAGGAGGGCCACUUUGAGGAUGUUGCGCUGGAAGAUGGCGGGAGGGAUUCGGGCGAGGAUUGCAAUCUACCUCCCGACAGCAGGCCGACGCUGAGGAGACCGCCGCCCAAGUCGUUGACGACGAGUGAUAUUUCGACUCUCCCGCGGACGAGAGGUGGAACCUCGCCCCAGCGCUCUCCACUUCGCGCACUGCCCAAUGGUUCACGACAGCAGAGAUAUCCCAGUUUGCAAGGAGCGGUCAAUGGCGUUCUACGCGACCAGUCGCUGAACCUACCCAAUGAUCGCAGCAUGCAGCGCGCGGUGACUAGUCCUGUCUCGCCUUUCAUACAGCGGGCCUCCUCCCGAUCGCCCUCGCCGAAUAAGCCAUUCACGCAGAACGGGUAUUCUGUUUCUCCACAAACAUUGGCUAGCGCUACGCCCAAAGCCUCGCAUGAGACAGCCAAGGAGUCGAUGCAAAGGCGGCCGUCGUGGCAGCCUGGGAGGAAGACUGUUCAAGAGCUGGAGGCGGAGUAUAAUGACGAAGAUGAGGAAGUGCCAGAUGAGGCCAUUCUCGAGAAUGUGCCCAUCUCGCCAAUGCCUGGACAACACCAUUCUUUCAAAUCACCAACGACCAUGAGCGUGCGCUCGGCCACGCCUAGUCCGCACCGAAGAUCACCUCAUGCGAAUCUACAUUCGGCCAAUAUUCCUAAGCAAGCGAAACGACCAUCGUUACCCACGGGUCACUACAACUCGCCGAGAUCACCCAGACACGGUCGGCCGCAGACGAUGCCGCAUAGUAACACAGUUUCUGCUUUUUCCGCAGGGGAGCCUCUCAGCCUCAAGCAUAGGAGCAAGUCGUGGACUGAGGAUCUGAAUCAGGAGGCGAGACAGCUUUCACAGGCGCUGGAAGAGUAUGCUGAGAAGGUCUCCAUUGAAAAGAGGCAUUCAGGGUCGAAUACACCUUCUAGCAGUCCGCCCAGACCGGCUUUGACCAAGAGCGCUACGACGACUUCGAUCAAAGAGGUGCCCAGCCUGCCGACAGUGCCACCUGUACAGAAAGGCAAUAUCAUGAUCGAUCCUCUGCCGAUCAGCAAGGAGAAAGAGGCUGUGCUUACCAGGACAAGGCCUUCUUGGCUACCGCCGAAGAGUCAGAAAGAGGAAAGGAAGCAUUUGAGAGAGUUUCAGCAGAUGAUGGCGCGAGCGGCUGAGGCGGAGAAGAAGAGGGCAUUGAAAGAGCAAGCCAGUAGAGAAAACCGUGAGGAGAUGCAGGGCAGUAUUGCGAGGAUAUGGGAUCAGCAUGUCAUACCCAAUUGGGAAGCGGUGGUGAAAGAGCCCAGGACACGAGAGCUUUGGUGGAGAGGUGUGACUCCCAGAAGUCGAGGCGAAGUCUGGCAAAAGGCCGUGGGCAAUGAGCUGGAGCUGUCUGCUACGUCCUUUGAGGCGGCUCUUGCUCGUGCGAAUGACCUGGAAGAGAAGAUUGCCGAAAUGCCGGAUGAAGAACGCUCCCACAGCAAGGAAGCUGCUUGGCUGGAUGCCAUCGACCGCGAUGUCCCCAAUGUCUACCCCGAACUGCGAAUGUACCAGCACGACGCGCCUCUUCAUCGAUCUCUUACGAACGUCCUCCGCGCCUUUGCCAUGUACCGCAGCGAUGUCGGUUACGUUUAUGGGACCCACCUCAUUGCUGGAGUGAUAUGCCUUCACCUCCAUCCUCCGCAAGCGUUCGUUCUUCUGGCCAACAUGCUCAAUCGACCGCUACCCCUCGCCUUCCUCGUCCACAACCAGGUUGCCAUGGCAAGGACGUACAAAUACUGCCUCUCCACCCUCAAGUACAAGUUUACGAGACUACACGACCACCUCACCAACCCAGCGAUCGGCCUCGCGCCGGAAGAAUUCCUGGAUCCGAUGUUCAGGUGUCUGUUCGCGUACCACCUCUCGCACGAGCACGUCUCGAGGAUAAUCGACGUGUUCGUCUUCGAGGGCGACAAGACGCUGGUCAGGGCUGCGGUGGCGUGUCUUGGGCGGUUGGAGAGCAAGCUGUACGGCAGCAAAGAGGAGAUCCUCAGCUUAGUCGGCUGGCAGAACGAAGAAAGAUGGGACGUCGGCAAAGAAGACGACUUCCUCGACGCGGUACGCGAAGCCGGCAAAGUCGACGCUAUGCGUUCUCGAGAAAGACUCCCUUCGACUGGUGCCAUGGCUGUGACUGCGGAGCCGGUCGCUGUUGCAUAG